UCGAAACCCAAGAAAACAUCCCACUUUUUGGCCUGUCAAGGAUCGCAGAAAGGAUAGGCGGGCUUUCUUUUCUUCUUUUUUAAGCUUCCUGACAGGUUUGCAGAAAGCGCAGAUACCAGCCCACGGGGAAGACGUUCGUUUGAUUCUGUCUGACGAUGCGGUUGAGGACUCUGCCUCGUCUGGAGCUGCCGGCUGCGGCCGACAUGCAUGUCCACCUCCGUCAGGAUGCCAUGAUGCAGUUAGUUACACCCUACAUUCGAAAGGGAGGGGUUGAUACUGUCUUUGUGAUGGUAUGCAUGAAAUCAAUUCUUACGCCGUAAUCUCUCUGCUUCUUCUUCGUCUCUCUCUUCUCUCGCACUCUCUUACAUGCUUACCUUCCGGGCUUGAUGCAUGAUACUUCGUUUUGGAUAUAUACAUAUAUAUAUCUGGUUCAACGGCUCUGACUUGUUUAACUAUAGCCAAACCUUCAGCCGCCCGUUACAACGGUAGCCCAGGCAGUAGAGUACAGGAACAAACUCCAAGAGAUCGAGCCAGAUGUCCACUAUCUCAUGUCCUUGUACCUGCAUGACUCCAUUACUCCGGACGUGAUCAAGGAGACCGCGGCUGCCGGUAUCACUGGCGUCAAGGUCUACCCGCAAGGAGUGACGACCAACUCAGCUGCGGGCGUCACUAGUCUGGAAGACUUCUAUCCCGUGUUCGAGGCCAUGCAGGAGCAUGACAUGGUACUCAAUCUGCACGGUGAAGUGCCGGACGUUGAUGUGAUGAACGCAGAAGAAGCCUUCCUGCCAACCUUGAAAAGCAUCAACGAGAGAUUCCCAAAGCUAAGAAUAGUACUUGAGCAUUGUACCACUUCUGCCGCCGUCGAGACCGUUCGUUCCUGCGGCCCAACGGUUGCCGCUACCAUUACUGCCCAUCAUCUGUACCUCACAGUAGAUGACACCGUUGAUCCCUUGGCUUUCUGCAAGCCGAUUGCCAAGACUCCCGCAGACCGAGACGCCCUUAUCAGGGCCAUCUGCAGUGGUGAUUCAAAGUUCUUCCUAGGCACUGAUAGCGCUCCGCAUCAGAAGUCGGCCAAGGACCAACCAAAGCCAGCAGCUGGUGUUUUCACCCAGCCGUACGCUACACAGUACGUCCUCCUUGCCCUGGAGGACGCCACCGAGCGUGGUAUCAUACAGGAGUCUGCUGUCACCCAGGAGCGACUAGAAGGGUUCCUCAGCCGGUCUGGCAGACGGUUCUACAAACUGCCUGAGCCAGAGCCAGGAAAGGUCAUUCUCGAGAGAAAAGGGGAGACCAUAGAAAGGUCAAUCAAGAAUGAAGAUGGUAGUGUAGAAGUUGCCUUGUCAAGAGGCGGAGCCGAGAUCUUCUCCCUGCGAUGGGCUUAAAAGAAGGGAUUGCCCCCUCUCUCUCACACACAUUUUUCAUAUACCAGAUUCCUACAACACACACCCAUACAUCUCGCAAGACGGGUUAGAUUGUUCUUACAGUUCAUGAGCCCAGGGAAAUCAGAUAUUGUCCACUGUUAAUCGAUAAUACUUCAGUAUUAGUGGCUGGCGGAAGGGUUAUAAUAGACUUGACCCCCUUCUUUAGAUACGCACUUAACGG